AUGAGCGACAGCUCAAACAGUCAGACAUUAUCGCCUAUACAAAUACAGGCAGAUACUAAUUCUAAUCAGAACACAUCGCAUGUCGUGUUUGACCACGAUGAUCUAGAGGGAGGAUAUGACCAUAAUGACCGUGUUCCUUAUCGUGGUGCGGCUUCUGUACUAGAUCGCGUACGUUACAUAUUGGGGCGAUUUGGAAAAUUAACUGGUAUGCGGAUACCAGGCACAGCGUAUGCUUCAUUAAGCUCAGGGGGAAGGGAGGCUUCGUCAGGAUCCCGCAGAAUGGGCGGUGGUAUCCACCAAGAUGGUGUUUUCUCAAACUUGAACGCCAAACCAGAGACUAUGCGUUCAUCAGUAGAUCCUCAUGACCGUGGAGAUGAUGAUGAUAUCGCUGAUGAUACGCUUCCACCGACAUAUGAAGUGGCAGCUGCCGAUACAGCACCUUCGUAUUGGGAAAGCAAUGUGUUCGGGGGGAGUGCUUUGGUUGACUCUGAAGGCAUAUGGUCAGAAAACAGUACCCAUGUGGGUGAAAUUCCAGAUAUGAUACAGGACGGAAUGAUGGUUGGAACUAUCUUUGCAUUUUGCUGGAACUUGUUUGUGAGUGCCUCGUUCCAAUUUAUCGGAUUCAUUCUCACGUUCCUUCUUCACUCGACGCACGCAGCAAAAUUUGGAAGUCGUGUUGGUCUUGGAGCUUCUUUCGUACAGUAUGGAUUGGACAUGCGCUUGACCUUGGAUGCCAGUCUAUCCCGUGCUUCGCAAGACGAUGAAGAUGACGAGAUCGUGUCUAUGCCAUCUGCUGGAGCCGUUCAGCGUUCAAGAAUUGGAUGUGACCUUCUGAUUGCUUUUGGUGUAUUUAUUUGUGUCGAGGCUUGUAUAAAGUACAUGCUACUAUAUCGUAAAAGCGCAAGGAUUGUUGCUGAAGCGCGCAGACAAGAGCAACAAACACUCACUAUACCAGAUCCUGAAAAUUCAUCGCCUUCAGAGGUCAGAGGAUCUUAUGCCACUCGCUUUGUAAACUGGAUACGUACUGGCCCAGUAACCAUGGUUUCUAAUACAUUGCAAAACAUUCAAAAUGCUGUUUCUCACGACCUUAGCAUUUUUAUGGGCGAACCAAUGGCACACACAGCCGAGGACUACAUAAUUCGACCUGGUUAUGGAUUUGCUCAGGAUCCUGUUAUUUUCUCGAUUCAUCAUGGUAAUACGCACUCCAAUAUGGAUGACGAAACUGUUGCACAUUCUUUGGGUCUCACCAAUCCAUUCUCUGGCCGGGUACAUGAUUUUGAUGAAGAAGAAAUCGGUCAUGAAUUGAGAGCUGUGCGUUUUAUGUGA